AUGGCAGGCAUUGUCGACAAAUUGACUGCCUCUGGAGGCACCGAAUCAGCCGGAUUCCUCAACGACAUCAUCGAGCAGCUAUGGCCGAAUAUCAACGUUGCUGGCUGCCGGAUGGUGAAAGAAAUCGUCGAACCCAUGUUUGCUACGAUGCUACCGGGGCCCCUCGCUAGUCUCAAAUUUGUCAAGCUGGACCUAGGAAAUAUUCCCAUGCGGGUGUCAGAAGUAGACGUCCACAAGGUCGACAACGGUGGCAUCAAGCUUGAUAUGGAUGUGACCUGGGAGGGAAAGAGUGACAUCGAGCUUGAUGGCAAGCUGGUUCCCAAGUUGGGAAUCGAACAUGUUCAUCUGAAAGGCAGACUUUCGAUCUUGCUCGCACCUCUGACAAACAUCAUCCCCCUUAUUGGGGCUGCGCAGGUUGCUUUCAUCAACCCGCCAGAGCUCAAGCUCGAUUUCACCAACGCCGCAAACAUCGCAGACUGGGCUUUGGUCGACAAGGCCGUGCGUAAGGUCAUUCUUGACAUAAUCGCCUCCAUGGCUGUUCUCCCCAACCGUUACCUCGUGAAGCUCGACGGCAACAACGACUACUUCAGAACAUACCUGCCCCAUUUGGGUGCUCUUCGCCUCACCAUUGAGAGAGCAAUUGGCAUCAGCGGUCCAAAGAAGAGUGGUGCCAAGAGGCUGUUGGCCAAGAUCGUCAAGGAUGUUCCCGACUGCUAUGCCAAGGUCAACGUCGGUGCUGAGGAGGAGUGGCGCACCUCCGUCAAGAAGAAUGACCACGACCCCGAGUGGAACGAGACUCACGACUUCCUCGUCGCCGACUACGAUCAACGCAUCUUUAUCGAUGUUCAAGACGAUGACCUCGGCGGUGACGACGAUAUCGGUAUCGCGACUACAACCGUCAAGGACAUUCUCCUCAACGGCGGCUCCCAAGAGUUGGCCCUUACCCACAAGGACGAGCCUACAGACGCCAAGAUUGUCGUCCGCGCAAAGUUUUACAACUUCGUCGACGACGCGGGCGUCAUCACAUCCACUCAAAGCGAAAACGAGCACCAGAUCGUUGGGCUAGCCACAGUACUCAUUGCCAGCGUUCUCGGACUGCAGGGCCAGCGCGACGAGCUGAACCCCAGCAUCAAGGUGACGUGGGGCGCAAAGGAGUUCCGCACAGCGGCCAAGUCCUACAGCCCGGGAACGGACAUUUUCAACCCGUCUUUCGACCAAGCUUUUAGAAUCCCCGUGACGGCCGACUUGCUCGCCAACCCUGCCAACUUCAAGAUCUCUCUGCUCAACAAGGCUGAUGAGACCGGGUCUGUUGAGAUUUCUUUCCAGGAUAUUCUCCAGGCACCUGGUUUGGUCAAGGAGGAGAGCUUCGACGUCGGAUCUGGUGCGACGGUGAGAGCUAGCAUCUCUCUUCGCGGCUUGCAGGUGGCACACUGA